GUCUGUUUUAAUAAGGCUUCGUUUUAAAUCCACUAGGUUUUGUAGUUCGAGGCUACCUUUAGAAAUGGGGCGAAAGGUUUGACAUACAUAAUGAAACAAUCAGGAAGUUAAGAACUAUUUAAGGCGAGUGUUUAGGCUUCUGAGGCUCAAAGCGCAGCAGUCAUCUCCAGCGGAGCACAUUAGUACAGCGCAACAGGAUUGGAGCGCAGUGAGUGAUUGGUGACCCUGAACCUGAAGAUUAAACAUGCCGAGGUCGUUUUUAGUGAAGAGCAAACGGGCGCACAGUUAUCACCAACCCCGUUAUCUGGACGACAACUACAUCCAAAUCGAGAAACUUUUCACAUGCCAAGAAAGUCAAAUGGUGCAGGUCUCUGAGAGCGCAGUGGAUGCCGGCAACCAUUCCCCUAAAGCCAGCAUGGUGUGCACGGCGGAUAAUUCGUCUCAGCAGUCGCCGCUGAGCUGUGAGGGCAGUGUGUGUGACCGCGUAUCGGACUAUGAUGACUUUUGGAGACCUCUUGGAGACUCUCCAGAUUUGGAUAAAUGCCCGGGGCCUUCGUCCUCUCCAGACGACUCUCAGCCUUUCGACAUGACUUUCCGCCCAUAUGUCUGGGCCCCAUCAACAUCAGAGCUCAGGCAUCUCAUUCAAUCAUGCAAUCGAGUGCCUGUCUCUGUAGAUUCAGAGACAUCAAUUGGGGUGUAUGAUACCAUAGAAAGAAGACCAGGUUCCCACCGCUUCUUCGAACCUACUCAAUCCGAACGAUUUUACCAGGACUAUGGAUCUCUAAACACUAACCUAUUGGAUAGUAGCUUUUACGCAGACCUCAAGAGGUCAAGUAAAGGAUCAGAGAUCGAUUCAGAAUCCAAUAUUCUAUGCACUCGACAUCAGCCUAACUCGUCCUACAAAUGCAUAAAAUGCACUAAGGUGUUUUCGACCCCUCAUGGGUUAGAGGUUCACGUGCGACGAUCACACAGUGGCACGAGGCCUUUCGCGUGCGAGAUGUGCGGCAAAACCUUUGGUCACGCGGUCAGUCUGGAGCAACAUAAAGCUGUCCAUUCACAAGAAAGAGUCUUCAGUUGCAAAAUAUGCGACAAAAGCUUUAAGAGGUCGUCCACUCUGUCCACGCACCUUCUCAUCCACUCUGACACGAGACCAUAUCCCUGUCAGUACUGCGGCAAACGAUUCCAUCAGAAAUCAGAUAUGAAGAAACACACUUUCAUUCACACAGGCGAAAAGCCGCACAAGUGUCAAGUGUGUGGCAAGGCCUUUAGUCAGAGUUCAAAUCUCAUCACACACAGCAGAAAACACACCGGAUUCAAGCCGUUCGCAUGCGAGCUGUGCGGCAAAGGCUUUCAGCGCAAAGUAGAUCUGAGGAGACACAAAGAAACGCAGCAUGGUCUAAAAUGA